AUGGGGUCUUUUCUUGGUUUUGGUGGUGGAAAUAAAAAUGAAGGAUCUACGGCACCAGCUGCUGAUUCCCAGGCUCUAGAAGUUAAAAGCAAAAUAAAAAACAGCAUAGCACAGGAAAUGGCUACGGCAUAUGCUACGGGGUUGGUUAACGCAUUAUCGGAAAAUUGCUUUCAAAAAUGUAUUAUUAAGCCAUCAGAUAGUUUAAGUACAGCCGACGAGAAGUGUAUAUCUGACUGUGCAUCGAAAUUUAUGAGAUCCUGGAAUUUAAUUAGUAAAGAGUAUAUUUCCAGGAUAAAUAAACAGUCAUGA